AUGGAAAGUCAUUUUUUUAUUACUCAAGCUAUGUAUAUGAAAGCAAAUAAUAAUACAGCGUUCAUUGCAACAAAAUGCGAUCCAAAAGAUGAUCUCGGCUAUAAUCUUAUUUAUAUGUAUCGCAUUCUAUUUGGUAUGAGCUGUAUUACUGUUCCACUUGGAAUCCUACUCAACAUCAUUUUUGUUAUUACCAUCAUCUUUCAGGUGAAAAAAGUGUUUGAUAUAAAUAGUCAUGCGUUAUUAUUGAGUUGUAUGGCUCAAGUAUUGCUCGCUGUUCUACAAGGACCAAUAAGACUUUACUUCUAUUAUCACGAUGGAUGUUUACCUGCACCUGGCAGUCCAUUAUGUGAACUCAGCGUCUAUCUGGACCAUAUUCCAACCCAAAUAAAUAAUUUUCUUAUGGCACAACUUUCAAUCGAACGUUUCUUUCUUGUCGUGAAACCUUUAAUUUUUCGUCGAGGUCGUCAUCAAAGUUAUUCACUUGCUAUUUAUCUUCAUUAUAUUGGUCUCUUUGUGGCUAUCAUGUUUCCUUGCUUCUAUUAUCCGAUUAUCAUGCAGAAUGGAGCAUCGACAAUUGAUCUCGAUGAUCCUUCUGCAAUACGAACAUGUGAUCUUUGGUAUGCGCGUGAUGUCUAUGGAAUAUUCGAUCUACUCAUCACAUUUGUACCGUAUUUUCUCAUUUUAAUAUCCUGUCUAUCUGUCAUUAGCGUUGUUUUAUAUCGAAAAUGUAUCCGAGGUGGUCAACAACGAAGACAGGUUGGCAUGAAAAAUCAUCAUCGUCUUCUAUUUGCUCUUCAUCUUUUUCUUAUUUGGUUUCUUCUGACAUGGUCACCUUGGGUUCUCUAUGAUUUCUUUCAAAUUAUUUUAAAUCUCACUUAUUCUAUUUAUAUUGAUGCAGUUACCACGUUCAUCGUCUACUUGAAUUAUACUUUUGGUUCAACAAUUGUUCUACUUACGUUCAAAGAAAUGCGUCAGUUCUGCUUUGCUAAGUUUCGCCCCCAUUGUUGUAUCUUUGCAUUCAAAAACCGUAUUAAGCCAAUUCAAGCAGUCGGUCCAGCUCGUACGGUUAAUCCUGUACAAAUCGUUCGAUUAAAUCGAACAAUACACCCAAUUCCAACUGUCGCUAUGUGA